AUGGGAGAAUUCAGAACGCAAGGUGCAACUGCACCGCACACAAGAAUGCUUUCAGAACUCGAACAUGCAGGUAUUUCCGAAAGUCUGUCAACCGACGCUGAGAAGAAACAUGAAACAGACAUAGUGGCGGUGAUGUGCAUUGUUAUUUUGGGUGUCGUUCUAGCUAUUCUCUUGAUUGUUGGAAUUGUUCUCAUUGUGAGUAGCGUCCUCAAGGAACGAAAGAGAAGGUCGUCCAGGCGAAAGCUAGCAAAAUCAAAGAAACGCCCUAAGAAGGGUUCAUAG